AUAAUCAGUGCAUGCUCUUUUAUACUGCUUUACUGUAUAUUCUGACAGCUGUACUUCAUGAUACAGAUUGUUUCAGAUAAUAACUACCUCUUUCUCAUGGCCAAAACCAAUAACUGAUAAUAGUUUCAGAUUUUUUGUAUUUUAAAAAAAGCCCUGAGCAGUUUGGCUUUGUAUUAUCAGUUCUAGUUAUCGGCCGAUAAUCGAUAAUGUGUUGUUUCCAUUACUGGGCCGAUAAUUUGUUGGUCCAAUACAUGUUAUGCAUCCCAACUUUAGAUUUUACCUAAUGUGUUAAUGCAUCAGUCUUUUAGUCCCAUCAUUUAAUAACGUCACACUCUGAAAUGAAGCUGUUCUGUGUGUACAUAUGUACAGUUUUGAGUAUUUAUACGCAGUGUAAUUACCUGCGAUACAAAACAAACUUUAAAACUGCACUGUGCAACUUUAACACACGAAGGUCUGUUAUGUUGAAGCCCUUCUGCAAUGAGUUCAAACAAUCUCUGUAUUUCACAGUAUGCUGGAGUUUGUGGCAGCUUUUCUGCACUGGUGCACCACGAGCGAUGUGUUUUACAUCAGCCAGCACAGACUGGUUUGCCAGAGCCAAUGAUGUCAUCAGCACAUCAACAGUGUUUGUGUGAUGUGUAAUUACUGUCGCUGUCAGGAUAAAGUUUAAAGAGACUUGUCACAGCAUCGGUCGUUUAAACAAGGGGUAGGAUGACGGAAGCAAAGGAGGAAGUCGGGUGAUGUUACAUAGCAACAAAGUGUGCAGAGUGGAUGGACAGGACUUUAACAUGAGACCAUUAACCACAAUUUCAAACAUUGACAUAUAGUGUUUUCUUUCUUUCUUUCUUUCUUUCUUUCUUUCUUUCUUUUUCCUCUAUAAAAGCAUUUCCAUGAUACAGUGCAGGUCUCCAAACACUCACAAAGUUCUUAUUUCAACCCAAACCACAACUUCCCUCAAACCUGACCAAGUCCAAACACACCUUAACAGCCACUUCAUAAAAAUGAUUAAUUUUUCAGCAGUGAUUUGAAACAGCUUUGGAAGGCACCAGUGAACCAUGUGGUCCUGCUGAUAGAGCCACCAGAUGAAGAAACUCCUACAACAUUACCCACAAUGCAACCCGUAGCCUCUUUAUUUUACACCUUCGCUGCGUGGUACGUGGCCAACACGUCCCCUUUGGCUUUAUCUCAUGUUUCUUCCUAUUAUAACCACGUAAUAUGGACGACAUGAGGCUGCUUUUACACGUUGAUUUGGCUUGGAAUUGUAAGCAAUGCUCUGCCAUCCGCUCAACAGAAAACUUAACGAUAAAACUCCCCUUCAGUUGAAUUAAUCAUGACAGGUUAGGCUACUGAAGCUGCACAGGAUCACCACAAAUAUCCACACGAGUCAAACUGUACAAGAAUUAACAGAAAAUAUUUAACCAUAUUUCUAAACAUUGCAAUAAAAUAAACUUCUUCCUCUUCGUACUUGAGAAAAUUGUCUGAAGGUGUCAACGUCUGUAUCCUUCUCCACAUUUCUGCACAAAGGUAGAAAAUCAAGGCUACAUCAGCCGCUGCUAGUGUAAAGCACCAGAACCUGCGACCAAACUGCUGAUGGUUGAGUUGCAUUGUGGGUAAUGUACGCACCAGGUUUUGACAAGGAAAAGAUAAAAAAAAACCUGCUGCUGUGCUGUAAACUAUUUGGGUCUUUGGGUUUUCAUCGUGAGUAUAUUUCUGCAGCAAAUACUUAUUUUCAUUGUCAAAUAAUCUGCCAGUUAUUUCCAUAAGUAAUUGUUUUGUCAGAAAAUAGUGAAAAUUCUUGUAUUUAUUCAGAACUCAGAGGUGAUAUCUGUGAUUUGCUUCUUGUCCAACCAAUGAUCCAAAACCCCAAAACUCAUUAAAAAAAAAAAAAAAAAAAACCCUUCAAAGAUGAGGAGAAAAUCCUUACAUCUAAACGUUCAGCAAAUGUUUGACGUCUUUGCUCAAAGUGAUUACUGGGAAGGUUUUUAAGUGAAAGUCUUUCAGCUUGUGAAUUAUCACGUCCAAGUGCACUUUGUACGGACCUGCUCUUUGCCUGAGCUCUCCAACUGUACUCGCUCUGCACUUCAAGUAUAAAAUAUUGAACGUUUCACUCCACUUGAUUUCUCUGACAGCUCCAGCUCAAAUAGCUUCCACCUUAAAAUACUUCUGACAUGCUAUAUGCAAUUAUGGUGCAUUCAAGUGCCUGUUGCACAUAAUAGCCAGCUUAUACUAUAUAGAUUUUCCCUUUGGUACCACUUCUUCUCCUCCAGUGAAGGACCUGGACCUCCUCCUCCUCCUCCUCCUCCUCCUCCUCUGGUCAUCAGGCUCUUUCCACCACUCGUUUGUUUGAGACGGAAGCAAUUAAGUGAGAAUUCGCGUCCAUCAGUGACGUUGACGCACAAUCUCUGAGCAAACAGUGAGGAGCGCUUAUAAUUACAGGCUGCGGAUGAUAAUUUGCCUUCACCACUUUCUCAUCCCGCCGCUGCUACUUUUAAAAACGGGGCGCAUGACGCACAGCUGGAUCAGGAGGAGCAUUUAACUUUCGUUCACCGGCAGAGAAACUUCAGCGCGCCUGCAGCUGCUGCCUCCUCUUGUCUUCUUCUCCGACCACAGCGAUAAGAAAAAAAAAAACAAAGAACAAAAAAACAUGGUGGAGAUUUGUCAAGCUUAAAUCGAGCUGAUUAACUGCGAGGAGUGUUUUCUUUCUUUUCUUUUCUUUUCUUUUUUAAAUUUUAAAUCUGACCUUCUCCCUCUGGUAACAUGGGCGGAGUGUGCCUGUGCGCUUCGUGGACUUGGAGACCAGUGUGGCCAGUGUUCAUCAUGCUGGCGACGGUCCCCUGCAUGCUGGUCUGCUCGGAGAGUCCUGCAGCAGCGGUGGGAAAGAUGUACCCCCGAGGAAACCACUGGGCAGUAGGUCAUUUGAUGGGUAAGAAGAGCAUCGAGAGCCUGCAGGAGACAGGAAACAGUGACUACCUCACGCCCUUGGCAUCAGCUGGGCUCUCAGUCAUGGAGCGGCACGACGGUCUGAAGGAGGCUCUGAUGCAGCCAAAGAACCAGAAACAGAAGAUGCCACAAACGGUGGACAGGCUGCUUCGACUGCGCAGCAACUGGAGAGAAGAAGACAGAGACAAAUAUCUCAGAGAGAUGUCUGAGCUGCUUCUUCUGGCUUUGAAACUGCAAGACAAAGACUCCACCUGAGCUCCACAUCGACGCAACAUCACUCACACUGUAUAUUAUUUUUCUGCUGUAAGAAUACCCUGGAAACCCAAGAGAAGUUUAUUUUAUCAGUAAAUUCAAGUUUCUAAUUUGCGUGACAUAGUUAUGAGCUGAGAAUCCUGAAUAAAUUUAACGUUGUGAUAACUGCAUUGUUUUUUUUGUCUAAUUGUGUUUUGCACAGCCGCGGAUGAGCUUUUGUAUUAUAUUCGCUGUUUUUGUUUGAAAAUAUGCAAUACAAAUAAAAAUUUCACUU